AUGCCUCCCGCGGUGGAACGCGUCAGUGGCCCGACGCAAGUCGCUGGCCCUGCACAGUCGGGCAACGCGACACCGACGAUCGUGCGUCUGUCGGCGGACGACGAGGCUGACAACAACAUUGAUGAUGAGACAGCCGCCGCAGCUAGCCUGGUUGUCAGCGACAUUCUGAAGGAGGCCACGAAGCCCAAGGCGGGCGCGGCCGCGAAGGUCAACGGCAAGACGCCAACGCCCACACCAGGGACAAAGGACGACGAGACCAAGGAUGAUGAGCCCGAACAGACCAGUGCAUCGGGUCGUUCUGCGAGAAAACGCGCCCUGCGUGUUCCUCCGGCCGCUGCCACGGCCACCCCGUCCACCAAGUCUACGGCACACACACCUCGGGCUGGCACGGCGACCAAGCGCAAGGCAACAGAUGACGCCGAGACACCAGCGUCCAAGCGUGGGCGGUCUGCACAGUCAGGACGACCUGCGUCCUCGGCAGCCAAAUCUACGGCGGUCGAGGACAAAGAGAAUGUGGAGAAGGAGGUUGACAAUGACGACAAAGCCGCCACAAAAGCAACGCCGGCCAAGCGCGGCCGCCAGUCCCGUGCUUCGACGGGUGCUGCUACACCGGGCAAGAAAGCCGGCCGUCCUGCCAAGGCUGCUGGUGAAAAAGCGGCGCCCAAGCCGGCCUCCACGUUCCCGUCGGGUGCCCGCCGAGGCCGCCCGCCCGGCAGCAAGAAUGCCACCUCUGGUGGCAGCCCAGUCAAGGCUCGUCCUCUAACAGGCCGUCAGGCAGCACUCAAGGCGCACAAGAUUGCCACGGCUCCGCCGCCGCCCAAACGUUCGGCCGCCACUUCUGCGGCCUCGGCCACCGGCAAGAAGCGUGGACGCAAGCCCGGCGCAACAACCAAGACGACCAAGACGGCCAAGACGACCAAGACGGCCGCUUCCACGACGGGCAAAAAGCGUGGCCGCAAGCCCAAGGAGGAGGCGGCCGAAUACGUGGUGGAGUCGAUUGACGCGGACCGCGUCAAUCCAGUGACAUCAGUGAUCGAGUACAAUGUCAAGUGGGCCGGCUACUCGGCGAGCGAAAACACUUGGGAACCGCGGGCCAACCUGACCGGAUGCGAAGCGCUGCUGAAGGCGUAUGAGAAGGAGAAGAAGUAG